AUGCUGAGAGAAAGAAAUCCUGGAUCCAUAGUGCGUCUUGAGUUGGACAAUGAUCAGAAAAGCUUCAAGUACCUAUUUAUCGCGUUAAGUGCAACUAUAAAAGGAUGGAAGUAUGUGCGUAAAGUUGUUGCUGUUGAUGCGACAUUUUUGACAAGCGAAUAUAAGGGAGCAUUGGUCGUGGCAACCGCGCAAGAUGGAGAACAUCACCAAUAUCCUUUAGCAUGGGGUGUGAUCGAUAGAGAGAAAGACGCUUCAUGGAGGUGGUUUAUGAAUAGGUUGAGCGAAGUAAUACCGGAUGGACCUGAUGUGGUUGUGAUAUCCGAUAGACAUAAAAGUAUAAUGAAAGCUGUGAGAAAAGUAUAUAAACAAGCUGAUCAUGAAUACAGGGAGAAGGAGUUUGAAGAAUUGUACUCUGAUUUCAAGAACAUGUAUGAAUUUAGUGACCAUAUGAAUAGGUUGAGCGAAGUAAUACCGGAUGGACCUGAUGUGGUUGUGAUAUCCGAUAGACAUAAAAGUAUAAUGAAAGCUGUGAGAGAAGUAUAUAAACAAGCUGAUCAUGGUUUUUGUGCAAGGGAGAAGGAGUUUGAAGAAUUGUACUCUGAUUUCAAGAACAUGUAUGAAUUUAGUGACCAGUGGGACCAAUUGGACCAGUGUGAUUUUCUCAACGGUAUCCCAAAGCGGCGAAGUACAUGCAAAAAGAAGAACUUGCUCCGGAGAAGUGGGCGAUGUGUAAAUUUCGGACAGAGAUACAACUUAUUAACCACCAAUGGUGCCGAAUCAAUCAACUCCGUUUUGAAGAAGGCCAAAAGGUAUCUGCUACUCAGUCUGCUUGAUAUUUGUGUCUCGAAGACGGUAGAAUGGUUCAGUAGGUACAGGGUGGAAGCAUGUGGUGCUGAUGAUUCUCAAAAGUUAACUCCGUAUGUGUACAAAGUGUUGCAUGAACGGUUUGAGAAGGCCUGCACAUAUGAGGUUAUUGAACUUAACAGGCUGAGUGGAAUGUUUGAGGCAAGGGAUGAAAAAGGUAGAAGAAACUUGGUAAAUCUUGGUGAUAGAACCUGUAGUUGCAGAAAGUUUGAUGUGGACAGGUAUCCAUGUAGCCAUGCAAUUGCAGCAACACAUAAGGUGGGAAAAGGUACUAAGAUUCACGAAUUAUGCUCUGAAUACUACUGGCGAGAGACUUGGGUCAAGGCUUACCAAGAGACUGUCUAUCCGGUGCCCGAUAUUUGUGAUUGGGUUGUCCCGCCCGAAAUUUUAAAUUUUUCAGUGAUGCCGCCUAUAAUAGAAGAAAAACGGCGGACCGGAAGACCUAAACAGAAUCGUUUCCCUGGACCUGGCGAGGCUCGUAAAAGACCCCAUAAUUCAACAUCGUCAUUUUCACAAUCGGAUUCGUCGAAAAGAACAAAUUUGAAAUUAUUCGCGUAA